UUUACUUAGUUUAUAUCGUUUGAGUAUUGCAAACUAAAAUUUUGAUAUCACUACGAGUAUAUAGUUCCAAUGCCUAUGUUAUGACUGAGAAAUCAGACACAAGAGGAAUAAUGAUGUUACUUAAACUUGAACAUUUGCUGAUUUUAUUUCUGCGAUUCUUACUGAUUCAUGGCCAAUAUGGUGACACUGCUGCAACUGUCGACUGGGCUACACAGAGGAGCAUUUACAAGGGGAUCUACUCCCACUACUACAAUAACGGCACGCCACUGGCGGACAUAGUUCCGGUGAGCGACUUGGCAAAUGGCGCGUUGCAAGUCAACAUGUCCAUGACCCUGGCAUCUCUAAACGGAUUCGACGCCGUCUCCGGGCAGAUCGACAUCAGCGGUAGCAUGCUGCUGGAAUGGGAAGACGAGGUUGUCGCAUCAACUCUGGUGGGCUCAUUGUUGAACACCACGCCUGGGGUGUCUGCAGAUGUGUUGGUUGACUACGACAAGGCAUGGGCUCCCAACAUCGUGUUAGUGAACGCUGUGGAUACGGUGAAGGACAUUGGCGACACCUCGUACAAGCUCCGCUACUCACUGGCGUACCCCAACACGGCCACCGUAAACUGGGAGCCGCGCAUCCUACUCCGUGCCUCGUGCACACCGGAUGUGACGUUCUACCCGUUUGACCGACAAGUUUGCGACUUCACGUACACAGCAUGGGGCUACCUGAGCGGCGAAAUCACUCUGAGCGUGACGUCUUCCGAAUGGGACACAACCGCAGCCGAGGCGAACGGAGUCUGGAAAAUCAUCAGCACGGAAUCGCAGACGUUCACGACCGACGGCUCUGAUUACGUGCGCUUCCGGCUGACCAUCCAGCGGGAGCCGCUCUAUUUCACGUUUAAUAUCGCGCUGCCCAUCCUGCUGCUAGGACUACUCAACGGCUUUGUCUUCCUGCUGCCUGCUGAAAGCGGCGAACGUAUCGGUUUCUGCAUCACGUGUUUCCUGUCGUUCGUGGUCCUGAUGCAGACGACAAUGGGAUUUCUGCCUGAGAUCGCGAGCCCGAUGUCUUUGUUGUGCAUCUACGUGUUCCUGAUGAUGUGCUUCAGCGUCUUCAUCAACAUCACCUGUAUACUCAUGUCCCGGAUCUACCAAAAACCGGCGAAAGAAAAAGUGCCGAACUGGAUGAAGACGGUGGUGCGGGUGGUGGGGUGCCAGGUGUGCCGUUGCCUCCAGAAGCCCCCGCGGGACCCAUACCCGGAAGUCGAGUGGCCGGACGUGGCACGCAUGCUCGACUUUUUCUUCUUUCUCUCCUUCCUCGGCUCCCAGGCUUCUCUCACAUUUUUCUUUUUGCUGCCCCUCGCCACCCGCUACUAGCAGUCAAUCGCUACUAACGGCCACUCGCUACUAGCGGUCACUCGCUACCUAUUCGUUAUUGUCUCUUCAGAUUGGUUACUCAUGGCGACUCAUAUAUUAAACGUCGGCUUCUAGCGGAAACACAUCUAGUAAAUGGCUACUAACGACCACUCAUGAAGUAAACGCUAGUUAUGAACUAAACGCCUACUGGCGGCCACUUAUGUACUAAACCGUUAUUCGUGGGGCCUCAACUACAAAACGCUUCCUAGCUGCAACUCAUAUACUAAAUGGCUACUAGCGGCAAAGCAUCUACAUUCUGACCUUAACAACUCAUAGACGCUAAUAAACCCUUUCAUCUGCUUUUAGCUUAACACGUCCGCGUUUUCGCUAGAAGGCGUCACUCGCAUAUCUAAAAGGGGAGUUUGAAUAUCGUUGAAUCUGAGAGUAUUUAACGACCUUUUUCUGGAAUUGCUCAGAAGGCUUUGCGACGGAGCUUGUAAAUUUGAACAAAUUUAUAACAGCAUAUCAUUCUGUAGAUAUACUUUUCAUGACUUCAUUGAUUUUUAAAUCGAUUACAUGCGCAUUCAGGUAGGGAUUUUUACUAUGACAAUCCAUGUACCCUUUUACAGAACACUUACGAAAAUAACGAUUUCUGAAACAUGAUCAUCUUUCAAAAAUAAUGUAAUGGUUGAAUAUUUUUUAUUCAAAGAUUAAAGCACUCAAGGCCACAUGAUAGAGACUCUGUGUUAGGUUUAAGCGUCUGCUUCUACAUAACAUUCCAUAAAAUACAAUGUCAUAUUCAAAAUGCAUAUGUAAUAUUUCCCUUGCAUGUACUUUUUAUGUAAAAUACUCGCAAAUGUUUGCUUGGUAAUUAACAGAUUGAGUUAA